AUGAUCAUUCAAGAAGAACUAUCUGCCACUCUUGAUGAACCCACGGACUGCCUUAUGAUGCAUCGGGUUGAACCUUCGCGACUACAAAUGAUUGCUUUGAAUCUCACCGACAAGCUCCAACAACUAGCCGAUAAUAACGAACAAAUACUGGAGCCUCGCACUGGAAGAGCUGGUUACGCUGGUCCUGGUCAGUGGUUCCCUGGUCGCAGUGACCGACAAGGAGAUAAGCAAAAAGGUGAUAGAGGUGGCGCGUAUCAGGUAUGUUCUGAUGUAAUUGCGCAGAAGAUUCGUAAAAAGCCGUAG